AUGAAGGAGGCAGCCGAGCAGCUGGCAGCUGAAGCCGACAUCUUCUCUUCCUCAGAGGCUGAGGAGAGCGACGGGACGCGCCAUCCAUGGUGUCUGAAUCCCUUGGAGCUGCAGGUUGAGCGAAACAGUCGUGGCAAACCAAAGCAUGUGCUGGGGUCCGGAGGGUUUGCGGUCGUGUACCGGGCCUCGUAUCAAGGCACGGAGGUUGCGGUCAAGGAGCCUCAUAAUCCUCGCGAUCUUGAAGGCAGCAAGCUGAUGCGGAAAGCAUUCUUCAGAGAGGCCAACAACCUCUUCAGAAUACAUCAUCGCAACGUGAUAGAGCUGGUCGGAGCCAUGGUCGUGGACGAGGAAGGGAACCCUUGCUUCCUGCUGGUCACCGAGCUACUGCGGCGACCCCUCACCGAGUACAUCGAGGAGACGAUGAAGCCAGCGAGUGAGAGCGAGCGAAGAGCGCGGGGCCACGUGGUGAUGCUUGGACUGGCGGAGGGUCUGGCGUACCUGCACUCUAUGCGCAUCAUCCAUAGGGACAUCAAGCCCCAGAACAUCAUGCUUGACGACAAGGACAUCCCAAAACUCAUCGACUUUGGGCUCUCAAAGGAGAAGGAAGAGAUUGCUCAUUCCAAAGGAAGCACUAGGCUUGCAGGAACAAUGAGCUGGAUGUCGCCAGAGAAGCGACGAAGCAAGCCUACGUCCACCGCAUCUGACGUGUACGCCCUCGGGCUGGUGAUGAUGAAUGUGAUGACGCUUGAGACGCCGCCGGAGAGCCAGGAGGAGCGCGAGAAGCUGCUCAAGGAAACGAGUGACAAGGGAGUGAGCGGGCAGGUGUCGCUAUGGUGCAUACACGAGGACCCGUCGAGGAGGCCGACGGCGGCUACUGUUGCAAUGAGCUUGACGAUGGACCGAGAUCUAUGCGGGGGAGGGGAAGUGCUGACAGGUGAGUCGAAGGUGUAA